AUGGCCUUCAAGUUCAUCGCUAUCUUGGCUCUUGUAGCUGCUGUCAAUGCUGGUCUUAUCCAAGUACCACAACAUGUCAGCUUGGAACAUCAACCCAGCCUUUAUCAACAUGCUGCACCUCAACAGCAUCACGUACUUUUGCAAAAAACUCAACACGCUGCCCAUGAAGAAUAUCCCGAUGAUCCUCAUCCUAAAUACAACUUUGCCUAUCAAGUAGAAGAUACCCUUUCUGGUGAUUCCAAGAGUCAAACUGAAACACGCGAUGGAGAUGUAGUACAAGGCGAAUAUUCCUUAACUGAUGCUGAUGGCUUCCGUCGUACGGUCAAGUACACUGCUGAUGAUGUCAAUGGUUUCAAUGCUGUUGUACACCGUGAACCCAUUAGUGGCCACAAAGUAGUUGCCACUCCUGUGCACACUACUCAAUAUCAUCAUGAACCAACCGCUUAUGUAGCUCCUACUGCUGUUGUCAAGGCACCUGUGGCUUAUGAUACACACUCGUAUGCUGCUCCUGCCAAUCAUCAUGCCCAUCCAGAGCAAACCGCCCACCAAACAUACACCACCUAUGAGGUCCCCCAACAAGAAUCACACGAAUCCCAUUAUCAACAUUAAGGAAAUACUAUGAUCGGCCAUUUGUCGUCCGUUGCACUUUUAUCAUUUUUAUUGUUUUCAUUUUCCUUUUCAUUUUGUUAUUUAGUAUUUUCUUAAACUGUUCUCUAUCCUAACUAGA